UUUGACGUAAGCCCAUACGUACAACAGCCUGCACCAUGUCCUUCUCCUCGCUUCUUUGCAUACCUAUAUAAGGCCAUCGUCCUCUCUCCACAUCCCCAAUCUCUAGGGUUUUUGCUGUGUCUCAGGAAGAGAGGAGAAGGUUAAUCAUGGGAAGGAGACCGGCCAGGUGUUAUCGCCAGAUAAAGAACAAGCCAUACCCUAAGUCUCGAUACUGCCGCGGUGUACCUGACCCAAAGAUCAGGAUUUAUGAUGUUGGGAUGAAAAAGAAAGGAGUUGAUGAGUUCCCAUUCUGUGUACAUCUUGUAUCUUGGGAGAAGGAGAAUGUUUCAAGUGAAGCUCUUGAGGCUGCUCGUAUAGCUUGCAACAAAUACAUGGCCAAGUUUGCAGGGAAAGAUGCUUUCCACCUGCGAGUUAGGGUUCAUCCUUUCCAUGUUCUGCGAAUCAACAAGAUGCUUUCCUGUGCUGGAGCUGAUAGGCUUCAGACAGGGAUGAGAGGUGCUUUUGGGAAGCCACUGGGAACUUGUGCUAGAGUCAACAUUGGUCAAGUGCUUCUGUCUGUUCGUUGCAAGGACAGCAACAGUCACCAUGCCCAGGAGGCUCUUCGCCGUGCUAAAUUCAAGUUUCCCGGUCGCCAGAAGAUCAUUGUCAGCAGGAAGUGGGGAUUUACCAAAUUUAGCCGCGCUGACUACCUGAAAUUUAAGUCAGAGAAUCGAGUUGUGCCAGAUGGAGUCAAUGCCAAGGUUCUUGGGUGCCAUGGACCUUUGGCCUUGCGACAGCCCGGAAGAGCUUUCUUGCCUGCUAAGGCUUGAAGCUCACCGAGAGUGUGUAUUAAUAUAUAAUGAUGUUUUCUUCUUCUGGAGUCUUGAUUACUGUGUGAACAGUAUUCGUAACUAGUGCGUCAGUUUGCAUUUGGUUAUGAGUAUUAUGUUGUGCAAAUUCUGAUGAGUUGUGAUCGAACAAUAAUGGUGCACAUUGGAUGCCAAUUUUCCACCUGCUUGGGAUUGAGUAUGUGGAAGAAAAAGGCUGCUAAAUAAUUUCUGUUCUAAGAA